AUGCCAGAGCGGCGGCAGAAAGCAACAUACCUUCUUCACUCCACUCCACAGGAAGAACCCUUCGAAAGAUUCAAAAGAAAAGCUGCUCAAAAAAUGCAAAAUGACAUGGGACGCUCGAUUGAGGAAAUCAACGAGAAAAGCGGAGUCACAGGCGCUUACCAAGGAGAUAUUCUCCUCACAAAGGAUGAGCUGGAAAAAAUGGGAAUUCGUUCUAAAAGGCAAGCAAUGAGAGACCUUAGCAGAAGAUGGUCAAACAACACGCUCCCCUACAUAUUUUACCACCCAGAAGAAAAGGCUAAGGACGCCUUCAAGAAAGCAGCGCAAUUGUGGAAUGACAACACGUGCAUUGACUUCAAAGAAUACCCAGAUCCGAUGACAACGGGUAUCAAGCCGCGAAAGGAUGUUUUUCGCACGUCGGUAAAAAAGGCCCAGGCCCGCAGGAACUCAUUCUCGGCACAGGCUGUGAAUCGGUAUGGUUUGAAGGAGCUUCCUCCAGAUCACACUCACAUUUUGAAGAAACUACAGUAUCCAUUGCGAUAUGAGUCUAGCACACAUGUGAUGCAAAUUGCGUAA